AUCGCAGGAAGCCGCUGCAUGGCUCCCGGCGCACAGGUCGACCUGAUCUCGUACCUCUCGGGCGCCGGCCUCGCCGCGCUGGUCAACUUCCCGCUCUGGAAGGCCGCUGCCAUUGGGCAGAGUGGCUUCACGGCGCAGGGGCCGACCUUCUUCGCGAGGCUAAAAGUGCUGCUCGGCCCGCCGUACAAGGGCGUCGCGGCGACGCUCUUCGGCAUGACGUGGGCACGCGCCGCGAUCUUCUACUGCGCCGACGCCGGCCGUGACCGCAUGCUCGCGCUGGGCGCCUCGCCUGCCGCGGCGACCGCCCUGCCGGCGGUCGGCAUCUCGACGCUGGUCCAAGUGGUGAACCAGCCAAUCGUGCGAGGGACGAUCACGAUCCAGGACCCCAGCUCGCGCCACGCCGGCCUCGUCGCCGCCCUCCGCCACAUCCACGCCACGCGCGGCGUCAGCGGCCUUUGGCACGGCACGGUUCCCGCGGUGGCAAAGACGGUGCCGAAGUAUGUCGUGGCGAUCUGGGUGAAGGACGCGAUGCAAGAGCUGCUGCCGAAGCCGACGGCGCCGCCCGGCGCGCCCGGCCACAGGUCACAGGUCCUCCAGGCGUCGGCGGUCAAGUCGAUUGCUGCGGGCGUCGCCGGCGCCGCGCUGACUAACCCCCUGGACGUGAUUCGAAACGAGAUGUUCAAGACGGAUGAGGCGCUCGGCGAGACGACGCGUCGGUUGCUGCGUCGCGAGGGCGCGUCUUUCUUGUGGCGGGGCAUGGCGCGCAACCUCGUCGCCGUCGCCGCCCCCAUCGGCAUGACGAUUUUCCUCACGGACGCGAUCGUCGACUACCGCAGCUCGCGCGGCGUCGCCUCCCCCGCCGCCUCCGCCUCCGCCGCCACAGCCCCCGCCGCCUCCGCCGCCGCUUCCGCCGCCGCUGCCGCCGCGCCCGCCGCCGCUGCCGCCUCCCCCGCAGCCGCCGCCGCGUCCGAGCGGGGGUUGCGGCCGAUAUGAGCUGUUGGAGUCCAGCCAGUGGCGGUGUCGCUAGAGGUGUCGCGGCGCAGUGGGCUUGCGCCAGGCGCCCGCCGGAGCCCAGAGAUGCCCUCGUGGAGAGGGCGCAAUGGGUUGGUGGCGCGCGUGGUGGCGCGCGUGCAUGCGCAUAGUCGGUGUAGGCGGGAGCGUUCGUGGGAAACGCCGGGUUGAGUGUUGAUCAUGUGUGAAAUGUGCCGCGUCGAGCAGUUGUGUGCGGCACGGCCCUCCAUGUUUAAACGCGCGCGGUGGUGUGCCGUGUGCGCGGUUGUAAUGUCUCCUCAGGACGGUCAGGCAGCCGACAAUAAUAAUCGAGACGACACACUCCAAA